UGUCUCUUAAUUCUCUAUUCUGUAGUAUGAAUCAAAGUGCACAGACAAUUAUUUGACAGUUCUGUCAUUAAAUUCCUAUUUCAGGUGUUAUUUUUUAAAAGCGCGAAUGUUUGCAGAUAAUUGUGGUAUUACACGAUUUCAAGUCAUGCUAUUUUUAACAUGGAUUGCAAAGUACGGCACAAGCCUAAUGCAUGGGAGUCAAAAGUAUGUGCUAAGACUACUCAAUUUUGGCGACAAACAAGCAAUGUAAGCAUAUAGGGUUGGCUCCUUCUAGUCUGCUUUAAUUAAUCUAAACAUAAUAAAUAAAUAUAUUUAUUUAUCCAACGAACUAGCGCAUCAUGCUGUUUCGUAUCUCUGUUACGUAUUUCCUUCAUUCCGGUGAGAAUAGAAAGGAUGAAAGGCGAUGGCGGUGACCGUGGUGAUCUAAGGUGGUGAUGGAAACGUGUCUCAUCAUUUGACAUUUGACAUUCAUUUAUCUAUUUCCUGAUCCAUUUUCUGUUCUAUUCAUCAGCUGAUAAUUUGAGGUUAUGUAACGGUUUUCUCUUAAUGUCCAUUUUUUCCAAUAAUUAUAAAUAAAUGUUUCAUCUGAAUAGUUUAACUCGUUUGCUUCUCAACGAAACAAAAACUUAUUCAAUUAAAAAACAAUACUUUAAAAAGUCCGCAAUACUUAACACUUUUUGGGAACCAGAUGACAAAGGAGGCUACAGAGAUGAUAGAAAAUUCCCACCGUUCAAAGAGCGAAUGCGAGAAGGGCUAAAGGAACUCAAAAAGGAAAUAGCGCUGUGGUCACAAGAGGUAAAAGAGCACCUAGAAGCUGAUCCUGUACUGAUGUACAGACCAGGCGAAGUUGAUGUAGCAUGGCAGUUUGGAAACAAAGAGGCACUGGAGGAAUGGGUUGUGACUGCUGAUGCUGACAAUAAUGAAGGCUUCAGCAACUGUUCUUUGGACUUAAAAAGUCAGGGAACAGGACUUUUCUCAGGAAAGAUUUCUUUGAGAACACCUAAGGAUGGAAGAGUCAAAAGAGCAGGUUACUGCAAUAUUCGGACUAUCAGGCCUAGGAAAUCCUUCAAAAGGGAAACAUACCUGAACUGGACUCCCUACAAUAUGUUAAUAAUGAGAGUUAGAGGAGAUGCUAGAUCAUAUUUAUUGAACAUCAACACCAGAGGGUACUUUGACAUCACUUGGUUCGACAUAUAUCAUUAUGUACUGUUUACAAGAGGUGGCCCUUAUUGGCAAGUAGCAAGAAUACCUUUCUCAAAAUUCUUCUUGGCGUCAAAAGGUAGAGUCCAGGACUUGCAAGCCCCGAUCCCCCUAGACAAAGUUACCACAUUUGGAAUCACAGCUGCUGAUAGAUAUGGAGGCGAAUUCGCCUUGGAGAUCGACUAUAUCGGAUUGGAGUUCGAUCCUAAUCAUAAGGAAGAGUUUGCGUAUGAGAUGUACAAAACACCAAAGUAUAUUGUCGCUGUUUAGAUAUUGUGUAGUAAAAGUUUUUGUAUUGUUUAA